AUGGCUACCGACCACAACCCGGCUGUCGCCGCUACCUCAUCCAACCCAUUCCGCCGAAGAGGACCCUCGUCAUCCGCUUCCGUAUAUUCCCCGCCGCCAAUCUCGGUUCCUGACAGCCUCUUCGCAAACUUUGACACCGUCUCGGCCCCAGCUGCUUUGAGCAAUAACGACAGCUACGGCAGCGACAUCUUUAGACAGCAGCUGCAAUCCCUACCCAAAUCCACCGAAGCACCACCCUCCACUACAUUCCAGAGACCAAAGCCUGUAAAAAAGGUCCGUGUGCAGUCGCCCCCGCCAUCAUCUCCCGAGUCCGUCAAUGCCGAAUUCGAGGCUCGUUUUCCGGCUCACGGCCCGCCCCACACAGCAUAUGAGCUGUCGGGUAGCGAUGAGAGCAGCGACGACGAUGAGCCACUGCGUGGUGCUCUAGGCGACCGGCAUGGCCACAAUUACAACCCAAACGGCGGGGCUUGGAAUCAACAUCAGGCACCGAGCCCAGCGAGGCCACCCCCGAACCCUUUCUCAAAAACAUUAAGCGACUUGGAAAACACGUCUGCAGAUGGCGAAGGAGCACUGGCAACUACCGGCGCAAAGGGUUCUAUGGAUGUGGAUGCAUUUAGGAGACUGCUGAUGACAGGUCAGCCUGGUGUACCGCAUUCCUCAGUCGGUCAGCAAGCGCCGCUGCAGCUCCCACAUCAUCAAGGGGAUGCCGCGAGCAAUACGGAUGCCUCGUCUAUAUCCCGGCAGUCCCUAUCCGACGCUUCGAAUCUCCCUCAGGAGACUCCUCGUACAUCACACGAGAUUUCGGAUGAGGAUGAGGAUGAGGAUGAGGAGCAUGGCCUGUUACCGGCGCAGCGGACUCGGCGCAAGACGCUUCGCAAGAAGCCCCCUCCACCAGCAUCGAGGCACGGGAAGCCAUUCAAUCUCGACCUGUCAGGUCUGGACUCUGCGGAAGACCCUGGACUCUCACCAAACCUCAGGUCUUCAUCGGCCAGCUCAGAUCUCAACAAGCCAUUGCCACCAGCACCGAGGGUUCCCGGCGGAGACGUCAAUGAAAGCGUCUUUGAUCGCGAGGCUGCAGGGAAGAUACCAGAAGUGGAUGUAGACCCGGAUGCUCCUGAUGACGAAAUUCCGUCUCCAAGACCACCAACCCCGCCUAAUGCUUCACACUCUACUGCGCCGCUACCCCUACCCAAGAAGCCCGCAGCGCCGCCGCCGCGUAGGCCCGGGCACGGUCGGAGCGACAGCAGAACUACCGUGACGUCACUGGCUUCCCCGGUAUCAGCCACACACAACUCAAAAGAAGACUAUGAGGACGGGGAUAGCGUGCGUCGUCCAUCUUCAGAGUCUAUUCGCUCCAGAUCCUCAAGCAUCCGCACCCCUGCCCCAGCUCCACCACCGCCCAGGCGGUCCGCUGCGACUAGUAACCCAACGCGACCAAACAACGGCGUUACGUCUCCCGGGGUCUCGAGGACGCCUACAAGCCCAGGUUCGGGAUAUACGUGGCCGGGCGAUUCUCCCACGCCGCGCGUGAGCAGCGGAGGGGCGCCACCACCUCCACCGGCGAGGAAAAACUCGGUGAGGAGCGGCAGACCUGCGAGCAUCCGAAGCAUCGACUCGAAAUCACGCCGAAUUGAUGGUAGCGGGUCCUUGACACCGACUUCAGCUGCGGCGCCGCCCCCGCCGCCUCCUCCCCGACCGCGGGGACGGGGUGGAAGUAGGACCAGCGCUGACGGAGGUUCGGACAACGUGGUGCCCAGAGUGCACGAGGCUGUGCCGGAAGAGAUUCACAUUGAGGAUCCUGGGACCGGCAAGGACAUACUGGCAGACCUGGACGCUCUGCAGAGGGAGGUUGAUGCGUUGAGGGGUCUGAGGUAG